AUGAUGAAGCAGAUCAACCCUUUUGUUUUCAAAUAAUCACCACCACAGCGGAAGGAAAGGAAGCAUGUCACACGGUUCGAGCAACAACAUUUGAAGAAAAAACGGAAUGGAUUACACGAAUUGAUAAUGCACUCGAAACGCUGAAAAGAAUAAGAAAUAAUUCUAGUAUCAGGUCGAAGA